AUAUAGUGUUCUGUGGUUGAGAGGUUAAGUUCGUUCUUUUCUGUUAAAAAUGUUGUAUUAUUAGUGGACGUUGUAGGUGAUUGUAAGUGUAGUGAUUUGUAAGCUAUUUUAUACCCUUUAAAAAUGAGAAAAAUAAACAAUUGUUGUGUACCUGGAUGUAUGGACCGAGUAAGCCAAAGACAUCGUUUCCCCAAAGCCAAUCCAACUCUUUUUAAAACUUGGUUAGAAGUUAUUAAACCACAAAAUUGGCAAGAAUUAUCCGAUGAACAGAUUUACAAUAGAUAUUACGUGUGUCAUGUACAUUUUACCAAGAAUUAUCAUUUACCAGGAAGUAAAAGAGGUCUCACAAUUGAUGCAGUUCCAACAAUAGAUGUACCUGGUACUAGUUUUGAAACAGUUCUGCUGGCAAAUGAGCCAAAGCUUUGUGAAGUAUUAACAGAAGUUGAUACAGAGAAAACACCUUCUGAAGCUGGACUUUGUGAAGUAUUAACAGAAGUUGAUACAGAGAAAACACCUUCUGAAGCUGGACCAAGUGGGAUAGAGAAAUCAACUCCAGAAGAUGGUCCCAAUAAUGAUUUUAUGGAGCCCGACAUACAAGAACCAGUAUCUGACUCGGUGAUGAAUAAGAAAAAAAUCCAAAAAGGGGUUAGAAAGUCAAUUUUGACGAGGUUGCAGUACACUAGGACUUCACAACUAACUGCGAAAGAAAAAAUAAUGUACUCAAUGUUAAAAGAGUACAAUGCUAGGAUAAGUCAGCUGAAAUACCGAAAUAAAUGUCUGAGGCAAAAAUUAGUUUAUGCGAAAAGAAUUAUUUCAUCUCGUGGAUUUCAAAGGCUUUCUUAGCAUAUCUCUGAACCAACUUACGUAAGUAGAUGUCUGUCUACUUGAAAAAUCCUGUACAUAUAUUGUAAAUAUUAUUCUAAAUUUUUAGUGCGAGUAAUUUCACUUAAAUUCCUUGAAAGUUCAUAAUUGUUGGGAAAACAAUGUUGGCUUAUUUAUAUACCUGAUAAUGUUCAAUGUUUUUUAUAAAUUUCUUGUAAAUAUUAUUCUGAAUUUGUUGAAAGUACAUAAUAUUUUCACUUUGUGGGAAAACAAUGUUUGUUUUUGAAAAUUCAUGGAUAUGUAAGUAAUGAUUAUUAAUAUGUAAAUAAACAUUAUUAUCAUAAUUAUUAA